GUCAGGUGGUCGCGAAGCCGCCAAAAAGGAAACAAGCGGUGACACAAGAUGGUUUCAGAGAAAGUGACGGAAAGAAUCCGCAGGUUCGUUUGCGAUCAACUCCGGGAUCAACCAGACCUGAGCACACUGACAUUGGGAAUUUUAAAAAAACGAUAUCUGGUGCUGUCGGGACUCGAAUCAUUAAGUCCAGAAGCCAGAAAUUACAUGAAGCAGGUGGUUCAAGAGGAACUCUUGAAAAUGCAGGAGAUGGAGGAAAAUGAUGUCGAGCCGGAGACCAAGAAGCCCCAAAACAAAAGGAAAAGAGAAAAGGAAAAUAAUGAUGAUGAGAAGGAGAGCGGGAUAGAAGAUGAAGAUGAAUCCACGGCAAAGAAAUCCCGUCGUCAGAUAAGUUCAGAAUCUGAGGAUAGCAAGGGCCACAAAACAGGAAGUGAGGGGAGUUCAGAGGAAGACAACAAGGAAUCUGGAUCUGAGGAUGCGGAGCCAGAGAUUGAAAAAUCAGAGCCAAGGAAAAAUGGAAAUCGUAAACGUAAGAAGAAGGUUGAGGAUUCUCCAGUAGAGGACCUGAGUGAGUCGGGAGAGUCAGACAGUGAAGGUCCAAAAGACAUCAGGAUAAAGAAAAAUAAAUCUACAAAGAACGAGCAAGGCAGCAGCAGUACACGUCCUGGAAAGAAAACUGCACAGAGUGAUGAAGAGAAUGAAACUGACACGGAGAGAGAGUCGGAGACAAGUGACAAGAUCAACGAGUCCUCAGACGAUAGUGACAAAAAAUCUGAGGAUAACAAGAGCCACAAAACAGGAAGUGAGGGGAGUGCAGAGGAAGAAAACAAGGAAUCUGGAUCUGAAGAUGUGGAGCCAGAGGUUGAAAAAUCUGAGCCGAGGACAAAUGGAAAUCGUAAACGUAAGAGGAAGGUUGAGGACUCUCCAGUAGAGGACCUGAGUGAGUCUGGAGACAGUGAAGGUCCAAAAGACAUCAGGAUAAAGAAAGAUAAAUCUACAAAGAACAAGCAAGGCAGCAGAAGUAAACGUCCUGGAAAGAAAACACCAGAGAGUGAUGAAGAGAAUGAAACUGAAACAGAGAGAAAGUCGGAGACGAGUGAGAAGAUCAACGAGUCCUCAGAUGAUAGUGAAAAAAAAGAAAAAGUCCCAGUGAAAAAGGAAAACAACGAAGACUCAGAUUCAGCGUCACUCACCUCUAUGGAAGAUGAUCAGGAAACUGGGAGGAAAAAAAAAGAAGAGGAUAAGAAAAAGAAGAAAACUGUGAAAAAAGAUGAAAAGACCAGCGGACAAAAGGAUGACCACAAACAAGUUGUGAGGCUCAAGCGCUACAUUGCUCUCUGUGGUGUGAAGCGGAAUUACAAGAAGCUCCUCGAUGGCUGUAGCUCUGUGCGCUCCAUGGUGGCUGUUUUGAAGAAGGACCUGGAGGAUCUUGGUGUCCAAGGACAACCAUCUAUUAAAAAAUGCAAAAGUGUCAAAAAGAAGAGAGAGCAGGCUCAGGAAAUAGCUGAGCUUGAUAUCAGCAACAUCAUUCCCACACCAGGUCGUCCGAAACGCAGAGGAGCCUCAUUGAUGCGGGAAGGACACGACUCUCCGUCCUCUACGUAUAAGCGCAAUCUGAACUCCGCCUCUGAUAGUGAUGAAGAAAACGGAACACGCAAAGGGCAAAAACGAGCAACAGACUGGACCAACCUGAAGGGGAUCAUCAGUGAUGAUGCAGACAGUGACUGACAGGGUCACUUCCUGUUCCAAGGACAUUACGCUUUUCUCUGUACAAGUUGGUUUUUGAUCUUUAGGAACUACUUAGUCAUUGUUUCGUAGUGAGGGCCGACAUGGUGGUGCAUUGGUCACCAGCCUCCCAGCAAGAACGUCUGCCUUUGUGAGUUCUCCCCGUGUCUGAGUGGGAUUUCUGCAGGUACUUCAGCUUCCUAGCAGAGUCCAAACACAUGCAGACUGGUGUUAGGUGAAUUGGAGACUCUAAAUUGACUGUUGGUGUAAAUAUGAACUAAUGGCUAUUAUGUUAUGUCAUGUGAUGCCCCCCGCCCCCAGUUAAAUGAUGAUGCAUACUUUUUCAUGUUCAUAUAUUUUCAAUUUCUAAUAAAAUAUUUCAAAUAAUA